CACUGAGGAAUAACAGCAGCGCUGCGCAGAUCCGAGCGGCCGCAUCAUGGCAGAAGAGGCGGACGGAGAGCAGGGACCCCCGCGCAGCAGCUUCACCACCUACAUGGCCGAGGGGGAGCAGCUCUACCAGAAGGGGGAGUACGACAAAGCCAGGGAAAGCUUCAGUAAUGCUCUCGACACACAGCCAACAGAGAAACACUGCCUGGUGGCCCGGUCUAAAUGUUUCCUGAAGCUUGGAGACCCAGAAUCUGCUUUAAGGGAUGCAGAGGCCUCUCUACAGGAAGAGAAAGACUUCUUCAGGGGUCUUUACCAGAAAGCAGAGGCUCUCUAUGCCAUGGGCGACUUUGAAUUUGCCCUUGUGUUCUAUCACAGAGGGUACAAGCUACGCCCUGAACUCCAGGAGUUUCGUUUAGGAAUCCAGAAAGCUCAGGAAGCUAUUGAGAACUCUGUUGGGACUCCAGCCUCUGUAAAGUUAGAGAACAAGAAGGGCAUGGCGUUUCUUAGCAAGCAAGAAGAGAGUAAAAAGGCGAAACAAAAAGCACCAGCAAAGGUACCCAAAAAAGACCCAAAGCAGCAGAAGAAGGCAGACCCUUUGAAAAGCCAAAAGACUGCCCGCCAGCUGCUGGGAGAGCUCUACAAUGACAUGGAGUAUCUGGAGACACUGUUAAAGGAUGAAGGGUUAGUGAAAGGAAACAAGAGAAGUGGGUUAAAACUGCAGGACCUGAUCUUGAGUGCAAUCACCUAUCUGGACACACGCACUGAGUUCUGGAGGCAGCAGAAGCCUAUCUACGCCCGGGAAAGGGACCGCAGAAUUUUGCAACAAAAGUGGAACCGGGAACGUAGUAAACCUCCUGAUCGCAAUCAGUACAUUUUCGAGAACAUGGAAAAGAUUGAGAUGUUACUCUCCAAUGGAAAUGCAGAAGGGAGUUACAAGAAAGCCCGCCAAGUGUUAAAGAACAUUCAGACUUGGAGAGAUGACCCAAAUAAACAGGAAUUGAUAGGUUACCUUUAUAGCUGCAUCGGCAACGCUCAUAUGGACAUGGGACAGAUGGAAGAGGCACUACAGAGUCACAAGAAGGACCUCCAAAUAGCAAAUGAAAGCGAUUUACCAGAAUCAAAAUCCCGUGCUCUGGACAACAUAGGAAGGGUUUAUGCACGGAUUGGAAAGUUUCAAGAAGCAGUAAAAGUAUGGGAGGAGAAGAUCCCUUUGGCAUCUUCAAGCUUAGAUAAGACUUGGCUGUUCCAUGAAAUCGGUAGAUGCUAUCUGGAGCUUGAAUUGUUUGAAGAAGCAAGAGACUAUGGUGCGAGAUCUCAACAAGAAGCAGAAGAGGCUGAGGAUGUUGAGUGGCAGCUCAAUGCCAGUGUCCUAGUGGCACAGGCCCAAGUAAAAUUAAAGGAUUAUCAGUCUGCCGUGAUCAACUUUGAAAAAGCCUUAGAGAAAGCAAGAACUGUAGACAAUAAAGAUGCAGAGCAGGCAAUCAUUACUGCCCUUGAAGAUGCAAAAAGAGAUUCAACAGAGGAGAAUAAAUCGGAAGACAGUGAGACAGAAGAUGACCCAGUUGAGGACAAUGUAUGAAGUGGAGAGGAGCGUCAUUGUGGGCACAUUCCCAUAUCACCAUGUGGCACAGUCUGCCGGGACUCAGGAGGACUACACCUGCAGACUGAACCAUGCAGAACUCGUUGCCAUUUAUUUAAACACUAGGAAUAAAUCACGGUGAUGAAAUAUUCACU